AGGCGAUAAAAUGAAGUACUCCCUUUACGAUUCCGGGCCGAGAGGAUUUACCUCGACAGCAAACGUCAUUCACAAAAAUAUUUGUCAGUUGCAAACAUAAAUGCAACUUAAUACAUAGAUAGGAAGGUAACUAGGUUAUGCGUUUAUGCUGCACUUAACGGCGUAAAAAAAGGAAUUAUCCUAGGAUUCGCGAAGGAAUGAUUCGAUUGGUUGAGAGUGACUGGAGAUGGAUUCGGAUUGGCGGGGCAUUGGAAUUAUUGGAAACUCUUCAUAAUACACAUCCGUCUACGAUUUCAUUAACGGCGAUAGUGGCGAUCUCUGAUAUAGUGAAAAUGGCGUCGCGGGAUAGUAGUUCAACUUUUCGCCUACGUGUGCCGCAUUUCGUGGCGAGCAGUGGCGAGCACCCAUAGAAAGGUGGCGCAAAAGGUGGAAAAGAUGGCGACGGCGUAGAGGUGAUUGUUACGCGUGUGUCAGUGAAUUCGGUAAGGGAUUUUAAAAACCCACGUGAACGCGAUUGGAGUCCAGUGCAUACAAGGAUUGAAUCGGUUUUUUUAACAUCAAUUUAUUCUAGAAAGGAAGGAAAAACAAUAAAGCAACAAUGGUGUGUAUGGCCAGUGAAAGCAGCGUGCCCUGCAUAAUUACCGACCUCAGCAACAAGGCCAAAAAAAAGAUAGAGAAGAUAAAAAAAGAAAUAAUGCUAUAUCCAUCGAUGAAAGUCGCUGAUAUUUUUCAGCACGUUGUAAUGCAGUAUUCGUAUCUACCAGAUGACUUUUUCUUAAUAAUGAGGGGUACCGAAAAAGGACCGGUGGAAUUGGAUGAAGUAAAGGACAAAACACUACAAGAUAUUGGAGUAGAUUUUUCUGGCAAUACGAGCUAUGGAAUGUUCAUCAUGGAUGUUUUGGGAACUGCAUUGCCUACAUCUAGACCUGCGGUAACAGGCCCAGAAGCUGAAGAUGAUCUUAUGUUGGGCACUUCGGCAAGUCCUACUUCAUUGCAUCAAACUCACUAUGACUGCCCUCUAGCUGAUGUAGACACGAUGGACGAAUCCGGGGAUUUCAAAUUCCUUCAGAGAAGUGUCAGUAAACGUGAAACGAAUUACGUGGGCCUGGUUAAUCAAGCUAUGACGUGCUACCUAAAUAGUUUACUGCAAACAUUGUACAUGACUCCAGAAUUCAGAAAUGCUCUAUACAACUGGGAGUACGUUGAAAGUUCAGAAAAGGACGAAGCUAAGAGCAUGCCUUACCAAAUGCAGAAGUUAUUCCUGAAUUUGCAAACAUCGACAAAGUCAGCUAUCGAAACAACGUCAUUGACGAAAAGCUUUGGCUGGGACUCUACCGAAGCAUGGCAGCAACACGACAUUCAAGAACUGUGUCGGGUGAUGUUCGAUGCAUUAGAGCAAAAAUUUAAGAACACAGAACAAGCGGAUCUCAUCAACAGGCUGUACGAAGGGAAGAUGAUAGACUACGUAAAAUGUUUGGAGUGUGGUACUGAAAAAUCUAGGGAGGAUACUUUCCUUGACAUCCCUCUACCACUAAGGCCUUUUGGUAGCUCCGUAGCUUACAACAGUGUGGAGGAAGCCCUCAGAGCGUUUGUUCAACCAGAAACUCUCGACGGUAAUAAUCAGUACUUCUGCGAGAAAUGCAACAAAAAAUGUGACGCCCACAAGGGCUUGAAAUUCACCAAGUUCCCUUAUCUAUUGACUCUCCACCUGAAGCGUUUCGACUUCGACUACAAUACCUUCCACAGAAUCAAACUCAACGACAAGGUGACAUUUCCUGAUAUCCUGAAUUUAAACUCCUUCAUCACAUCAUCGACGAGCCUGGAGUCACCUGGAGGUGACGAAGACAUGGGCUUAGGCGUUAAAUGCGACGAUAGUUCAACCACCGAUAGUGGAACCUUAGACGACGAAUGUCCUCCUUGUGAAAAUAGCAUGUCUAACGGCAAUCACUCGAUUGGUCACGAUCAGGACGACGAUGAAGGAAUAGACAUGAGCAAUGGUGGUCCGUCCACGUCUACCUGCACCACUCACAGUUACGAAAGUGAAAAGAAUCGUGGAAAUCGCUCCGGCGGACAGGGUCCCUAUAAUUACGAGCUCUUCUCGAUCAUGAUACACAGCGGCAGCGCUAGUGGAGGUCAUUACUAUGCUUACAUUAAAGACUUCAAGACUCAAGAGUGGCUGUGCUUUAACGAUCAGAGCGUUACUUGGAUCACUCACGACGACAUUCAGAAGACUUAUGGAGGCGGGCCUGUAAGGGCGUAUUACAGCGGUGCUUAUAGCAGCAGCACCAACGCGUACAUGUUGAUGUAUCGGCAAAUCGAUCAGUGUCGUAACGCCCUGCCGAUGCAGGCAAAAGACUUCCCGAAACAUAUUCAAGAACUCCUAAAGAAGAUGAAGGACAACGAGGAGUACGACCGGAGGAAUCGAGAGAAGCAUACGACGAUGUACAAAAUGAACGUCUAUUGUCGUCACCCGCGAGAUGGUAAAAUGGUAGACGUCAAGUUCCACGUGUGGACCCACACGUGGGCUGCGGCCACGGAGAAGGCCUACAAGAAACUCGACCUGGAGGAUGUAGUCAGCCUGGACCGUUGCAGACUGGUCGCUUAUAAUCACGCCAACGAUCUGAUAGAGUGUAGUCUGGACGGUAUGGAGGACUUCAUGGUCGACGAGAUCUGCGGCAACCACUUCCGCUCCGAAUAUCUCCUCGAGAUCAGGAAGAAGGACGAGAAGUUCGAAAAGUACACGCUGGGCGGAGUCGCGACCAAGGUGUUCGUCGUGGACGUCGCCAAGAAGGAAGUGGUCGACGAGGCGAUCAGCGUGCGUGGCUUCUUCCUGCAAACGGUGAGGGAGUACAAGGAACAGGUCGGCAAGGUCGUCAACAUGGAUCCGAAGCAGAUGAAGAUGGUGCUGCUGAGAUGCUCGAGCUACCAGGCGGUGCUAAUCGACAAGGACGACAACACCCUGGAGGACGAGCACAUUCAGAAUCGCGACAAGGUGUUCGUUGCCACGGCUUUCGACGUCGAUCCCACGAAGCCCUUCCUCGAGUCGACACUUCACAAUAUUGCCAUAAACUUUAACUACGUGAUAUCGGUGCAUGUCGUUCUACCGGACACAAGUGAGGAAACCUUGAAAGACCUGAACAUACCACCGCUGGAGACGAACGAGGAGGAGGAGAGGGACAAGGAAAAGGAACCGGAUAACGAGAACGAAAAGAAGAAGGACAAGGAGCCGGAAAGCGAGGUGUUGGCCAAUUGCGGCCCCACUAAAAUAACCAUCACCGUGCCACCUAGCGCAAUCGUUAAGGCCACUUUACCUACGAAAGACGCGAAGAGUGCCGAGGAAACAGUCCCGAGGAAUCCCAGCCCACAACCCGUGGAUAACGAGGAGUGGAGGGAAUGGAUGGGACCGGAACAAAGCAACAGCGAGGACAGCAGUCUCAGCGAUAGCGACAGGACUCUUGUGGGAGAUGCUCCGGACACCGAGAAUCCUCACACAAUGGCGCUGACCCCUGAAACCAUCUUCUACAGUCCGGAGGCCUCUCAGCCCGAGGUUUUCUAUUUCAAGGCCAUCCCGUACACGGAUAACGGCCAAAAGCUGCUGAGGGUACUGGUCGACAAGAGGAUGCAGCUGAACACGUUGAAGAAGUGCCUGGAACCGUUCGUCGGGGUCUCGUCCAAGUACUUCAAGGUCUACUUUCAGUCGAACGAGUAUGACGGGUGGGAGUGCGACCACUUUAAUAGCUGCAUAGCCUUCUGCGAGGACGCGGAAAGGAUCCUCCUGAAGCUCGGCAAGCCGCUGCGAAACGGAGACUUCAAAGUCGAUAUCUACCAAUUGUUCGUCGACAGACUCGAGCCGUUCAAAUUCCUUUACGAAUGGAUCGGCUCGAAGGAAACGACCGGGGCUCAGGCGAAGAAGGAAAUCCUGGCCGAUCUGAAGAAACAGUUCAACAUAGAUAUACCUUACGAGAGGUGUCGACUGAGAAAGAAGAAGAACAAGACGAUGUCGCAGGUCUUCCUGGCCGAUCAGAAGCUCGAGGACCUGAUGAACCUCACGUAUCCGCCGAGCGACUUGGUCGUGCAGGAACUACCCGACGUGGACACCGUCACCAGCCCCGAACAGAUAGUCAUGUUCGUGCGGAGGUGGUCGUACUGGAAGACGCAGCUUGGCCCGUACCAGGAGAUCGUCCUGGAAGAGAAGUCCAUAGAGAGUCUGAAGGAGGCGAUGUCCGCGAUAACGGAUAUACCGCCCCAGUACCUCGAGAUCGCGAAGGCGAAGAGGUCAUUGCCCUGCAUAAUCGCUACGAGGAAGAUACACGAGGCCCUCCCGUGGUAUCUACAGAGCACGGUGAAGAAACUGUGGCUCAUGCACCUGGAGAACGGUUACGUCCUGUUUUACAGGGAUUCCAGGGAAGAGCCGAAGCCAAUCAGCGUCGACGACCUGACGGAGAUCGGCAACAAGGAGGGCUCUUCUUGCCUGACCCUGUCCUCGCUCUCCGGGUACAGCCCACGGCGGGAGAAGGCCCUGAAGAUACACCUCGACACCAAAUGAUUCGGUCACCUAGAUCCGAUUAGCUUGGAACCACCCUGCCGAUAAGCAGCCGUAACGUUCACUUAGGUAACAAAAUCGUUUGACGAGAUAACAAAUUCGAUACCCUCGGAGCCUAGGUAAAAGACGCGGUACGAAUGCCAAGCCCGUUCACAUCACGACGAUACGGAGGCGCGGCGACGAUUAACCCUUUCGAUGCCAGUCCACCACCGAAACGAUUAGAGACCACACUUUGUUACCGAUAUACAGCACGAAUCGCUUGUCAGUCGGCUGCGCUUUCCCCUCUGUCACCCCCGGCGCCAUUAUCCCGUUUCUCUCAUCCGAGCGUCGAAGGAGGAAGGGGAAAAAGGAAGACGCCCAAGAGGCCGGAGGCGAAGGCACACCCCGAAGAACCAACAGCGAAGGGCUACAUGACCAAAGAGGCAUUCAAGGUUUCCUGGCUGGAAGGCUCGACCGGAAUCACGCCUUGGAUACGCGGCUCUAGGAUUAAGUGCGAGGCAAUUUCGAGAUGGGCCCUUCGGUGUUCGACGUCGCGCUCCCCGAUCGGUCCCUCGGCCGAGGGUGCGGUUCGUGCAGGCGGUCCGGCGAUGCCACGGUGUAAAUUCGCGGGAAAGAAAAAGAAAAAAAAAAAUAUAUCGAAAACCUAGGAAAAUUUAUUCGAUAUCCUUGCACGGUAUCGCACCCGCGGAACGUAUCCGUUUCACGUAUCGUAACCCAUUGAAAAACCCCACCCGUCCCGAACGGCCGUUCCUCGAGUAGGGACGCGACGGGUCGAAUAUCUCGACUAGUUAGCGCACCUGUCGGUACGAAUAAAAUGCGAAUUACUGUAGCAAGUGCGAGAAUGUCUUAUAUACUCGUACCGAGGUAUCAGCCGCGCGUUACUCGUCCACUCUAGGCGUUACUCGAGUCGCUUAACUCGCCACCUCGCCGCAGACUUUGCUCUUGUAUAAGAACCUAUUCUUUAUUUCUUUCGGCGAUUCCUCGUCUCGCGUCCAGACUCGGAUUCGCGUUUUUUCAUCCGAGUUAGGGCUAUGUCAAGGCACUCGACUCGUCGCGUCGCUAUUAAGGAACGCCGCGCCGUUUCAAAUCGUGUUUUUCGCAGAGCUGGACAGAAUCUCUCUUCGGAUGUAUUAACCUGGUGUCCCGCGGUUUCGCCCAGCUCUGCCUCCAUGUCAAUCCCCCGUGUCCCUCCGGUUUUCUCGCAGGAAUUCUCCCGAGAUAAUGGCUUCUUUAACCGGCCGAGGUACCGCCGACUCGCUGUGCUCAUUACGUGCCUCGAAACCUCGGAAACGGGCGCCGUUACAUUUAGAACGGGUCUGGCCCUUGCAUUUAUAUUACAUCGGCUAUUCGACUCGGCAUUUCUUAUUGAUUCCAUUUAAUCGAGAGCGCGGAAACGGGAGGGUUUAACGGAAAUUAUCGGACCCUCGUGUUGAAUGUAGUUUUACAACGGAAGUCGCCACGCGAGAUCCUCCUGCGAGAAGCGAACCCCCUCGGAUCCUCGGUUCUUCUUUCCUUUCCGGUUUUUCUAGUGACCCCCUUAUGCGCGAUCCGCAAUAAACUUACCCUAUUAUUAUUAUUAUUAUUAUUAUUAUUAUUAUUACUACUAUUGUCAUUAUCAUUAUUAUAUAUCGUAUUUGUACAUUAUAUUUAUUGCACGUUUGUUAUACGAAGGCCGAAGCCUGGAUCGAAUGCCGGCCUUCCCUAGGUUGAUUCGAUUUCCUCGUGGGAAUGUUUUAAGGCUGCAGGUCCACAUUGUGCUCGAAUUGGCCCUUUUGGAUGCGUUUACUUAUUGCUGUUUUCUUUUACUUAAUCGCUGAAAGUUUAAGGAGGGAAAUCCAAUUGGAAGCCGAUGGUUGGUCGCGAAACGGUGGUCGCUCGCUACGAACACCGGCUUUCCGUGACUAGCGUUUACACAAUGUCGACGAGCCAAUUCUCCCUUUCUUUCUCCCCUCUUUCUCUCUUACCUUUCUAUGUUUAUCUAUCUCCCCCCCCCCCUCUGUCUCUCUCUCUCUCUCUCUGUAUCAUACACUGUAGUUAUGAAACAAAUUAUAUUUAUAAUAAUUAACAACGGAAUUAUUGGACUGAUGGAA